AGGUUAAAGAAUGGAAAACCAUCAUAAUGGGGAUGAGUUUCUUGAGCUACCAAUUGCCAAUGUUGAGAGAAUAAUGAAGAAGAUAAUUCCACAAAAGGGGAAGAUUUCAAAAGAAGCAAAGAAGAAAAUGCAAGAAUGUGCAAAUGAGUUCAUUAGCUUUGUCACAAGUGAAGCAGCACAAAGAUGUCAGAAUGAGAAUAGAAGAACUCUCAAUGGUGAUGACAUUUAUUGGGCAUUUGGUUCUCUUGGCUUAGAUAAUUAUGCUGAAGCUUCUUCCAAGUUCUUGCUUAACUUUAGAGAAGUUGAAAGAAUCAAGGUUGAUGAAAAACACAAAAGUAAAGAUAACCAUGGAGAGAUCGGUGAAACCUCUUCACCAAAUUAGCUUGUUUUUUGUUCUCUAGUUUCUUCGUUUAUU